UGAUAAUUAUUAAAUGUUCGGAGAGGUGAGUCGAACCCUAGCCGACACCGCCACCUGUCUCCAGGACCUCUCUCCAAUUCUGCGCCGUUUAAAAGUUGUAACUGUACGAAAAUUGUGAUGAUAGCGCCAAGAUCUGUCGUUACCUCAUGCUUAUUGCCUCAUAUAUUAAAGCACGUCAUGAUCAUGUCACCGACACGCUCAUCACUUUGCGUCGCAUUUCUUACUUCAUUGUAGAUUUAUUACCUUUACCUGUUCACUAUUGGAAAUUCAAGUAAACAGCCGUUUGACCUAUGAGGUGUUGUCAGCGUAGGAGCAUAUUGGGACACUAAAUGUGUACAAGUGUGUCUGUAGUGGAUGUCUAAAACGUCAGAGGCUCCACUUCAACCAUGCCAGAAUCCUCCUCUGAUGUCAAGGACGUUUGCAGCAGCUCUGUUUUAUGUCCAACACCCUCAAAAAUGGGCCACAUGACCCAGUCACCGCUGCCCCUGCACAGGAACUCUUACAUACUCACAAACUUCUGUACUGAGCACAACCUGCAAGAAUGUGUAACGCAUAUCAAUCAGGAAUUGGUAUCACUCUGUCUUUCACCGGUUUGGACGCAGUCAGAUGGCAACUUGGAUGUGAAUGUCAUCCCUGUGCUCAACUGCAUUUAUGAACUGCUACAACUGCACCGCAAGGGUCUCCAAACACUGGAGAACAUGGAGAAGGAGCAGUUGAAGUUGGGCAACAAUGUAGACUCCCUGCAGCUUACCAGCACACGACUAAAGGACCAGCUAGAAAUUGCCAAAAGAGAGAACACGGGACUUUUUGAGCGGGAACGCCAGCUACAGCUGAAAGUGAAGAGCUUGCAGAACUCCCUGAAAAAUGAAAAGGAAGAGAUUCACAAGCUGCAAAACAUUAUCUCCAGCCGGGCCAGCCAGUACAAUCACGAGAUGAAGAGGAAAGAGCGAGAGUUUAACAAACUGAAAGAGAAACUGAAUCAGCUCCUGGUUGACAAAAAGGAGAAGAGACUUGCCAUUGACAUAGUAAACAAACUAGGAAGAGCUGACGGGAAAAGAAGCGUCUGGAAAACUGAGAAGACAGAAGCAAAGCAUGAGGGGGAGAUGUACACCACUCUGCUCAAGGAUCACGAGAACACGCAGAGGGAGCUACUCCUGGAAAAUGCUGAGUUGAGAAAGGUUUUGAAACAGAUGAAAAAAGACAUGGUGGUCAUUCUCAGUUCCAGGAAGUCGACUGGCAAAGGAGAAACACAGGACAACGGUGCCAUAGAAAUUGACUCUAAUGAGGAGGAAGAAGUGCUCGAUUCCUGUAAGGAGAGCUCGGAGCUCUUUAGUGUUCACACUCGGGAGAAGCUGACCAACAGUGUUCGACGUCAGUGGCGAAGACUAAAAAACCACGUUGAGAAGCUGGACAACCGAGCCUCGACAGAUGAAAGUGAAGACGCUGAAACCAUUCCCCGACAAACAUCGAAAGAAAUGGGCAAACUAAAGCUCGAAGUGCGGCAGUGUAAAGACUACAUUUUGAAACAGCAAAGUCUCCUGCAGAGGCUGAGUUGUCAGAGUGAGGACACGACAUCCGCCGUGCUGGGUGACUCCCACAUUUCGCAGGAAAAGGAUCGUCUCCGGGACGAGUGGAAGAACCUCGAGGACCAGAGGAAGUGCUUUGAGAGGGAGAGGAGGAACUUUACAGAGGCAGCAAUUCGACUAAGCCAAGAGAGAAAGUCUUUCGAGGAAGAUCGCGCUAUGUGGCUCAAACACCAGUUUUCAAACUUGAGCCCUUUUGCUGACUCCAAGAAAUCACAGAGGUCAAAGUCUCAAUGUGCCUUUCAGAUAUUAACUGAAGCUAAGCCCAGUAGCACAUCGCUUCCAGAAAAGCCCAUCACCUCCCCCACCCUGGGAAGCACACCAAGCGGAUCACCCUCUUUGUCUGACCGCCUUCACAAAUUUAGCGUUAUCUGUGAAAACAGCUCGACCAAACCAAAUAGGAGCGAAGACGCGGGAGAUGCCAGCUUCUUGGCAGAACAGCACAAAUGUUGGAUCAGCGGGGACGACCACAGCACUCUCAAGCUUGGUGGGGACAAGAACAGCUCCGUUUGAGCAGUUGAUGAAACAAGACCAAUGUCCAUUCAUUGAUGUGCUGGCAAAAUUAUUUUGACUUCAGGGACUUCAGGCUUUGGGGGACCGUCGCAAUGGCGGAGGGAUUUUCACUUUUAUAGCUGUGGUUCAUUUGUUUUAAUGUAGUUGUUUUCUAUGUAGAUUUAUGGGGAAGUGCAUUUAUCUUGUAUUGUUGUGUUUACUCCUCGUACCAAAGUUCUCACUCCCAAGGAGGUAAACAAUACAAUAAAGGAGAAUUAUGUAUUUUUUCAAUGAGG